AUGCAAUCCGAAUGCAGUUCGAUAUGGAAUUGGAAAAUUAAACGAUUAUCAGUUCCGGGGACUAUAGUUCCAAAAAAAGGCAGCCACGUUUGGGGAGCAAUCUGGGAAAUAAAAAAUGAAGAUUUGGAGAGUUUAGACAGGCAAGAAGGUGUUCACGCUAACAUCUACUACCCCAUCACCGUGGACGUUGAAACUCCAGAGGGAAAGGUGUUACAGUGCCGAUGCUAUCGACAAGUUGGAAAUGCCGACGACGUGAAUCUUGAAAAUUUGCCAGAGGAAAGAAGACCGACGCCUGCUUAUUUGGAGACUAUGAUCAAGGGUGCCGAGGAAUCUGGCAUCCCCUCGGAAUAUAUAAAUUUCCUGAAAAAAAUACCUCAUAAUGGGUCGGAGGUGAAGGGUGAUUUGAAAUUUCAGUAUUAGAUAUAACAUUGGCAAAUAGGGUGUGGUUCAGAGUAAAUUAUAUCGUGUAUCAAAUUUGAAACUUGCCUAUGGAAUAUCGUCUGAAUGAAUAAAAUAUUAAGAUAUGUUAAAAACCCCUUCCGGUGGAAUCAAACAUUAUAUGAAUCACUCAAGAAACAAAAAUUAGAAUGAAACCCCUCAUGUGAUAUUUGGAAAGUUUUUCAAAAAAACUCUAGCAGUACCCGAUAUUGUGUAUGUUAUUGUCCAAACAACAAAAACGGUUGAUAAAACUAUCUAAUACUAUCUCUUAUUAGGAAUAAAAUGUUACACUAUAAAAUUUUGAACGCGUACUGGUUCACCUUCACAUAAUUGCCGUUGCAUGGUAUAUACAUUUAAUAACCUGAUUGAUAUUGUCAUAAAGUCAUUGAAAUUUGAAAAAAUAUAUUUUUGGAAAAAUAAAGUAAUUUAGAUUUA